GGUGUACUUUUAUGUAAAAAUAAAUAUUUUCUAGAAGCACUCUAGACUGUAACUUACUGCAGCCAAACUCGAUCGGUAGUUCGAAAGUAAAGUGAUUUCACCCGAAGUAUUGGAUCAUCUCCAAUAUGCCCUUUACACAAAAGUUCGAGAUUAAUGAUCACAUGAUCACUCCAACAAAAGUUCGAGGUUUUUAUCUGAACAGAAUUCAUUACCAACUCAAUCAGUUUCUAUUUUCCUUUCUAGCCUCGACUCCUCCCUCGGGUUCUUCAAUCUUGCACACGAUACCGUGUACAAGCGUAACAUGAAUUGCUGCAAAUGAUGGAAAAAUACCUGAAGAAAACCGAAGCCCAUGCGGCACGAGGAGGCUCUACCGAACGAACCAAGAGCCAAAAACUCGAGGAGAAGCACGGGCAGGGGAGGAGAGGAGAGGAGAGGAGAGGAUGAGGGCGAAGGAAGGAAGACAUGGAGGAGGGCGAGAGUCGCGUUACGACACCGUCGGCACAUGAUGUGGACGGAGGACGAGUGACGUCGGGGGAGGACGACGUCGUCGGGUGUCAGGGGGUUCGGAUGGCGAUUGGCGCUGGGAACAGAGAGUGUUUUGUCCGCCGCAGGCUUUCCAAGUCUGGCAGAAUGUCUGGGCUCUGGUUGGCUGCGCGCAGGCGCACAUGACUGCCCUCCGCUGGCUCAUAAAGGGCGCCUCCUCAUGGUCUAGAGCAGAACCCAUGCGGAGGUGCUCUUUAUGGUGGUGGAGUCUAGAGUCCCGCGAGCCUGACUCAGAAUUGGAAGCCAAUGGAUCCACUGGCACCGGCAUUAUCCUCCAACUGUGGCCGGCCACAGAGAAUCGAUUCCUCCUCUCGUACCCCGUUGGGGCCCCCAACCUCCUCGUUGCUCUCCUGUGCACUGGACUGGAACUGGACUGGACUGCCCUACACUGCACUCCGCAGCUUCGAGCGUACACCAGUGCGUUGUCAGUGUUGACGAGUCAAACAUUGUGCAUGGGCGAUGAGGUCUCUCGAGAAGAGGGAUAAAAUCCCCAUUCGAAGAUCAGGGAGUACGAUGGGAGAGCUGAGGCAGACAGUGUGCUUUUUCUGGGUCUCUUCCAGCGGGCUUGAAAGUUGAUGUUGCCACUUCCACGGAGACACAGCUAUGAGCUGCAAUCAAGCAGGCAGGCAAGCAGGCAAGCAAACAAGCUACGAAUUGCCCGUCGCUUGAGGCAUCGGGGCUCGUCAGAAGGACGAGGCUAGCGAGCUGGCUUGGAUGUGGAAUUCCACGUGAAUCCUUGACCAGGGCAUGGGUUGCGCUCCUCGGGGCUUGGUUGACUGAUUGGGUCGAUGGUUUGGGUUGCUUGACUCGACAUGAGACAGGUCAUGCGCAUUGCGUGAUGUCGGUCACUGUCAUGCUGAAGGACCUGGAGGUGUGCUGGAACGACUGUCAACGACACUAGGGCCGGUGUACGUAUCAACAAGCGACCCCAUGAAAUGUCUGGACAGACCACUGGCCUGUCAAUCAACAUCGGGCUCGUGAGGAAUAUCACGUGAACACGGUGAACACGGUGAAUAGGAUGCUCCGCUGUAGAUUACGGGAGCAUGGUUUGAUGCUCACAAGACGAUAUUCAUUCAAGAUCCUACAGCCCAAGAUUCCGGGGAGAGGAAGCCGAACCAGAUGUUGGGGUUCAGUUCGUCCGCAUGAGAUAUUUGGUCAUGCUUUGAAAACCCAAUCAGUGUUUGCACAUCUCGCUUUCAGUGUCGGAAAGCCUACUCUAAAGGAAGUGCAGCUCGGAUAAUAGAUUACUCGUCGCAGGAACACGGUUUCAAUGCAAAUAAACGCCAUGCAAGGACAAGGUUUUCGAGUAUUCGGUCUUACCUGCGGGGGUCACGAUGAAAUCUGAGCAUACCGAUUGGUACUGCAUGUACUCCAUUUCUUUCUUUUCAACUGCUCUCUUUCAAGCAUCAGGGGAAUCAGAAGAACAUACUGAUGGUCCACUUCCAAUCGGUAACUCUCAUCCCAUCAGGCCUCCACGUUAUAUGCGUUGUCGUAUUUUGGAGUUCACAACCGUCGGACAAAGCUCACCUGCCCUCGUUGAGAUAACAAGGCUCUCAGUCGCCAUCUUUCGACUGAAAGUGGCUUGACUUAAAAUAAAAAAAGAACAACCCCACCUUUCGUUGCACGAAAUACACAAACAAUAAGAAGCACACUUCCAUCCAGAACGCCAAUCUGCCGUGCCAUGAAAAGUAGUUACUUGCAGAAUAUAAUACUACAGCGCUUGCGUGGCUAUUACGAAGCACGAGUAAUGAGGGGUUUUCAUGAGCUCUCGGCACCAAGUUUAAUAUUGCCAAUUGAAAGAUUGCUUUUGACCUCUUCCACGUUUUCGAUAAAGCGACAUAUCUGAUUCUAAAGCAUGAGCAUUUAGAAGCAGGCAGCAGAGGGAAAGAAUUGAAACCAGCACUGCAAGAAUCCAGCUCCUGUUGCGAUCAAAAAGUCACCGGAAUGUUGAAAGUCUAUCGACUCAAAUUUACACUUUCUCAUGUCCACAUGACAUGGUCCACGGGGGCAUAUGACUCAUAACUGAAAUGUAGUAAACUAGUAGUAAACUGACCCGCC